AACGAUUUAAUAGUUCCUUGUGUAUAUAAUUUAAAUCUAAUAUUAAUAUGUACACCCAACCCCCAAAAAAUAAUCUAUAAAACCAUAUCCUUUACAUUUACAUAUUCCUCUACAACCACCACGACUGCCAUUGCCAUAACCUUCCCCAACCUUGAAGUUCCGCCCAACUCCAUCAAGCUCCGCCGCCUUGUGAUAACGCCGGAAGGAGCUGUAAUAUAUAUAUAUAUAUAUGGGAUGGAGGCUAACAAUAAUAACAAUAUUAUUGCUCCGUUCGUGAUGAAAACUUAUCAAAUGGUGAAUGAUCCAAAAAUUGAUGGACUUAUAGCUUGGGGAACAGCUAAUAACAGCUUCAUCGUUGUUGAACCUUUGGAGUUCUCUCAACGAAUUUUGCCUGUUUACUUUAAGCACAACAAUUUCUCCAGCUUCGUUCGUCAGCUCAAUACUUAUGGAUUCAGAAAAGUAGAUCCAGAUAAGUGGGAAUUUGCAAAUGAAUGGUUUCUAAAAGGGCAAACGCAUUUGUUGAAGAACAUAGUGAGGAAAAAACACAGUAGAAAUUCAUGUUCUCAGAAGCAAGAUGAAAGUGAAGACGAAGAAAUUUUGACAGAAAUUUCCAGAUUAAAACACGAACAAAAAGCUUUAGAGCAUGAAGUUGAAAACAUGACUAGAAGAUUAGAAGCUACAGAGAAGAGACCACAACAAAUGAUGGCUUUUUUGUGUAAAGUCGUUGAUGAUCCUGAGAUUCUGCCCAGAAUUUUAAUGGAGAAAGAGAGAUCCAAAAGGCUAAGCUUAACAAAUCGUGAGAAGAAAAGGAGACUUAUGAUUUCGAAUUCAACGAGUUGUUCAUCAGUGAAGAGUGAAGAUGCAGUAGGGACAACAUCGUCAUUUCACUCACCAGACGCGAAUUUCGAUAAGGAUGCGUUCUGUCAGUCCUCGCCGUCGUUGGAAACUCCGCCGGCGGCAUGGUUAACUGGUCGACCGAUGAUAACUUACGAGCCAGGGACGACGAUACAGUCGAUUCGAUCUCCUGACCCGAAUUUCGAUAAGGAUGGUUGCUGUCAUUCCUCACCGUCGUCGGAAACGCCGUCCACGGCGUGGAUGAGACAGAAAAAAGCCGUCAUAAGUGGCCGGCCGAUGAUGAUGACAAAUGAGGCUUACGGAAGUUGUCCUACUAUGUCUAGUUCACUGUCAACUGGCUCGUCGGAGAGCGGUGGUUUCACAGCGCCGCCGAUGGAUAACUUUCAUGGCUACAACUAUGGCGGUGGCGGAGGACCAGGAAUUGCCGCGACGGAGGAAGCUAGUCCACCGCCUUAUCCAUUUUCUUUAUUCGGUGGUGGAUUUUAGUUUAGUCACCAAAUGAUUUAUAAUUAUGUGAGCUAUAUAUUCUAUAAUAGCUUUUGUAAUUAUUUUAUUCAUUUUUUUAUUUUUAUAGUUUACCCUUUUAAUUAUGCAAAAAAAAAAAAUUCUACAAAAUAUGUAAUCUGAAAAAGUGAGACCUCCCAAGUUAACAUUAACUAUAGGACUAAUAAAAAUUAGCUAAGGAAUACAGGUUCAUUUUUGUAGCUAUGCUUGAUAAUUUUGCUAAUUUUAUCAUAAUUAUGUGUGAAGCUUUUUUUAAUUAUCGUUGUUACCGCUUUUAUUUUAUAAUAAAAAAAUAUUGUGUUUGAUUUUUCUUU